UCUUGCUAGCGUGAGCUUUCUUUGAAUUUGCUCUGAAGCUAAUUUAUCUUCUAUAUAUAUACCCCUAUAAAGGUGGAAAUAAAUCAAGACGAGCCAGCUUUUUAGCUUAGUUUAUGUCCUUUCUCUAAACAUGAAACCCCUCGAAAUUGCACUUCCAACGGUGGCCACUGUUAUGCUACUUCUUUUACUAGCCCCAGCUUCGGAGGCUGUGAUUACAUGUAGCAACGUGGUUAAUUACCUCAGACCUUGUGUGAACUACCUGGUGAAAGGCACUGGGAAGCCACCAGCUACUUGUUGUUCUGGAGCCUCGGCUCUUGCUUCUGCAUCAUCAACCUCUGCUGAUAAGAGGGCUGCCUGUGACUGCAUCAAGACAGCAGCCAAGAAAAUAAAUCCAAAUGUCCAAGCAGCCCAGGCUCUUCCUGGAAAUUGCGGAAUCAGUUUGCCAUUCACUAUUUCACCAAACGUGGACUGUUCCAAGGUUGGUUGAAAUUGAAGAGGUCUGCAAUGUGCAUUGUGCGAGAAAGAAAGUACUUCAACCCCAUACGUCAGAUUGUAUAAGUCAAAGUUUCUAAAUAAGCUAGCCAGAAUCCACCUAUGUCAUCAUUUCGAAUUCAGUAAAUAAGUUUGCUUUUGUUAAAUCAGCAAAACAAAGUUCCACGUACCUAUGUGUUACCUAUGGUAAAUCUGUAAUGUCUUUAUCUUUAAUUGCUAACUUUAAUGGCAAAUCAGCAUAUGUAAGCAAAAUUUGCA